CCGGGAAAAGACUCUCCGACCCGGGACCUGACGAUCAACUUUGGGAACUCUGUGUUAACGCCCACUUUGACUGCAGGAACCUCGGCGUGAGACUCGACAGCCGGUCUACUGAUUGUGGAUGAUUAUGAGAUCACAGACAAAAGGGGGAUACUCCUCCACAUCUGUUACCAUGGUAACCAAUAAGCAGGGCUUCCUGAGCCUCUAAUUUUAUCCCUACAAAUAAAAUGUGCUCUGGUCCUCGGCGUCGGUUCUUCAUCUUUAAUCCGUUGUUCUUUGAUCCUGCAAGGAUCCUCCUCACCUCCUGCAUCCAUCUGCACUGGUUUGCAUGUAAAUGUGGUUUCUGGUAUAGGACACAGAAAAAUGAAGAAUGCAUCUUUAGGAGAUGUUGCUUUUCAUUAAAUAACCUGAUUUCCGUCUAUGUAUUGAAGUAUGGGAUCUUUACACAUUUGUGCAAUUUCGUUAUUGUCACUUUGUUUUUGUUUUUAGGUAAAUUAAGUUUUCAAUAGUCUGAAAAAAUGUGCAGGAAAUAUGUUUAAUAUCCGUUUAGUGUAUUUUUCAGUUCAUCCAAACCAAUCAGUAACUGUUCAUGAAUCGUUGAUUGGAGUUAAUUCAGUGCGUUUUUUCAUAUAUAUAUAUAUAUAUAUACAUAUAUACAUAUAUAUAAUACACACACACACACACACACACACACACACACACACACACAUAUGCAUAGAAGAUGUCUUUGUACUUAUAACUUAGAUUUAAAAUGAGUUUCACAUUAAUUGUCGCUAUCAAUUACCCGAGUAUUGGUUCCUAUUCUCAUGUAAUGCUUUUUAUUGUUACUCAUCCCUCUUGGUCACGUGACCUUCAGGGCUCAGCUGAUUCCUACACCAGCCGACCGUCGGACUCGGAUGCUUCUCUGGAGGAGGAGAAGGAGGCCGGGCGGCAGGAGAAGGAGCAGCAGGCUGCCGCCCAGCUCGAGAGGGCAAAGACCAAAGCGGUGGCGUUCGCCGUGAGGACCAACGUGAGCUACUGUGGCGCUCUGGACGAGGACGUCCCCGCGGGCGGGACGGCUGUCUCCUUCGAUGCCAAAGACUUCCUGCACAUCAAAGAGAAGUACAACAACGACUGGUGGAUCGGCCGGCAGGUGAAGGAAGGCUGCGACGUCGGCUUCAUCCCGAGUCCUCUGAAGCUGGAGAGCAUCCGCCUGCAGCAGGAGCACAAGAGAGGACGCCUCCAUGGCAAGUCCAGCGGGAACUCCUCGUCCAGUCUGGGCGACAUGGCGACCGGUUCGUUCAAGCCGACCCCGAGCGCCGCAGGGAAGCAGAAGCAGAAGGUGGCCGAGCACGUCCCUCCGUACGACGUGGUUCCCUCCAUGAGGCCGCUGGUCCUGGUGGGCCCGUCCCUCAAGGGCUACGAGGUGACGGAUAUGAUGCAGAAGGCGCUGUUUGACUUCCUGAAGCACCGCUUCGACAAGAGGGUAUCCAUCACUCGGGUAACCGCUGACAUAUCAUUGGCCAAGAGGUCCGUACUGAACAACCCGAGUAAGAGGGCCAUCAUUGAGCGAUCCAACACGCGCUCCAGCCUGGCCGAGGUCCAGAGCGAAAUCGAGAGGAUCUUUGAGCUGGCCCGCUGUCUGCAGCUGGUGGUGCUGGACGCCGACACCGUCAACCAUCCCGCGCAGCUCGCGAAGACCUCACUAGCGCCCAUCAUCGUCCACGUCAAAGUGUCCUCGCCGAAGGUCCUCCAGAGGCUGAUCAAAUCAAGAGGGAAAUCUCAAAGCAAGCACUUGAAUGUGCAGCUUGUUGCAGCAGAGAAACUCGCACAGUGUCCUUCUGAGAUGUUUGACAUCAUUCUGGACGAGAACCAGCUGGAAGACGCCUGUGAACACCUGGCAGAGUACCUGGAGGCGUACUGGCGCUCUACACACGCGUCGCCUAGCACGCCACUCAACCCCCUGCUGGGACGCAACCUGGGCUCCACCGCUCUCACCCCGUACCCUGCUGCCAUCCAGGCCCAAAGGAACCGCAACAGCAACCACACGACCACGGACCUUCCCCCGCUGGAGCGCCACUGCCUGAUGCCGGCCGAUGAGAACCACAAGAACCACAACCGCCUGUCCUCGGGCUCGCAGUACAGCCGGGACCACACGCCGCUGGUGGAGGAGGACUACCAGGACCCCUACCAGGACUCUUACAAGCCUCAUCGUAACCGGGGGUCCCCGGGCGUCUUCAGCCAGGACUCCUCCCGGCACCAGCACUGAGCCCCUCCGCCCGGUUCGAGGCUGAAGAAACACUUUUAACAACCUCGUUUCCCAUUCGGCCUUCUGCCAAACGAGCAUUUUCAACCUAAAGAUAGAUAGAUAGAUAGAUAGAUACUUUAUUGAUCCCUCAAGAAGGACAUUGUGGUAUCACAGCAGCAUGUACAAGGAAGAAAAUAGGAUAACCUUCAAGAAGAGACCAUAAUAAUAAUUUGUAAAAGGAGAAGAGGAAGAGCAGCAACAUCACAGCAGUACAGGGUUAUUAUUGUCAUUAUUUAGCCUGGGAUGAUUUAUUGUAGAGUGUUGCUGCACUGGGCAGGAAUGAUCUCCUGUAUCGUCCUUGUGACAGCGGAGCUGAAGGAGUCUGAUGGAGGACGUGCUCCGCUGUCCCUGCAGCAGGUGGUCAGGAUUAUCCAAUAUGGAUAACAGUUUCUUCAGUGACCUUCCCUCCAACACCUUCUCCAAGCCGUCCUGUUUGCAGCCAAUGAUGGAGCCGGCCUUCUUAACACGUUUGUUAAGUCUGUUGGUGUCACCGGCUCCAACGCUGCUCCCCCAGCAGACCUCGGCCAAGUACAAAGCACUGACUGAUAGAACAUCUCCAACAUCUCGCUGCACACAUGGAAGGAUCGAAGCUUCCUCAGGAAAAAGUCGUCCCCUUCCUGUAGACGGCGUUGAUGUUGGUCUUCCAGUUCAGUCUGUUGUCUAUGGAGACACCCAGGUACUCGAUGUGGGCCGACAGGAGCACAGCUGGUCCCCUCAUGUGGCUCCAGGGGAAGUUCAGGGUCCAGAGGACCACGUUGGCUCCUCUGGACCCUCUCAGCUGUUACAGUAGCACGCAGGUAGGACUGGGAUCAAUCGUACAGUAGCUGCCCCCCUUUGUCAUCAACUAUAUCAAGACGUAAUAAUUAUAUAAAGUUAGAGUUCGAUGCUGUAAACCUCAGGAACGAGAGGUGUGCGUUUGUCACCCGUCCGAUUCUGAUCGUUGUGUCAAAUCGAGACAAGAUUGUUUGAUUUAAGUGUUUGAAUAAAGAUGUUUGAAUAAAGAUGUUUAUAUAACGCGUUUGGUAGGGCUGGAUUUUAGUGAGUGACUUAUAUUAAAUGCUGACUCGUGUCAAUACAUUCAGAAUAUUUGGACAUGAAAACAAUACAUUUUCUUUCAUCUUUGAUCAUUAAAGGUUUUAGGAAACAUUUUUUGAGUAGCAAUUUAAAUAUCACAUAUUGUUGUAUCUUGUCAUUUAGUAUUUGUUAAGAAUCUCUAGUUUUUUCCAGUUCAAAGGCGAGAGAUCAGAUGGUGUUUCGGGGAUUCUUUCGGUGAUAUCUGCCACAUAAUGUAGCUUUUAUUGAUUUAAAACUCUGAAGCAACUAUUUAAAGAUGUGAAUACUGCCUGUGAUGUGUUGAUUAGGCAUUUGUGUCUCGUUUUACAAUAGUAAUGAAAUAAACUGCCCUGAUGCUGUUGUGUGGA